CAUGUUGACAUGUGCUAGCGUUUGCAAGCUCCCAUGAGCGGGCAGAAAACCCGUGAAUUAGCUAGUGGUUUGGCCAAUUUUGGAGAGUGCAGUUACUGUUCACGUCGUGGCACUGUUCACGGGUACUGUUCACGGGUACUGUUCAUAUAUUACUGUUCACGCCCCGAGGGCCAACAGUUAACGGGGAUUUAAAUGAUUAGUUUGUGAUAUAAGAACGAAUUUGGAGAUAUCUGAUAAUGUGGAGAUUGAUAGGAAUAGCAUUGUGAUUAGGAAUGAUCCUAAUGAAGUGUUCAAUGUGAAUUUGUGAUAGUCCGGUAUUAAUUCUGAGGUGUUUUGAUUAGGUUCCCGAUCGUUCUGUCAGUUAGUGCGUGAAUUGAGUGCUUGGUUUUAUGCGAGUGAGGUAAGUAAAUUAUGGUAACGCCCUUUGAUUUUAAAAGCAUGUUUUGAUUUGUUUUUGAAGUGGUGGCGGGACUAAACCCGUUUUACACGAACAUGACUGAUUUGAAGUGAAAUGUUUUAUGCUUUUCACUAAAUUGAGCAUGCCUACUUGAAAUUUAAGUGAUUGUCCUGAUGAUUUGAAAGUGAUUGUGAAUUGUGAUUUUCCUGUUAACUUUUGCCUGUUUUGUCUCCGAUGUGGUCAUGUUAUUCGUGUGCCCGCUAGUGGGAGGUUUAUAAACGCUAGCACAUGUCGACAUGUUACUGAUAGAACCGGUUCGUUUCUGUAACCCUACUAGUGGGGGUUAAACACUAGUAAUUUCUGUAGCCCGCCAGUGGGAGGUUUAUAACACUGGCCGUGACCUAUAGGGGAGACGUCUAUUUCGUGCCCGUACUGUAUCUGUUUUCGUGAUUGUACUUGUUGGCAUGCUUUAAGUUUGAUAAGGGGCACUCCAUAUUUACUUACUGAGUUUAUCUCAUAGUUUUCCUUGUCCACCAUUUCAGGAAAUGAAACUGAGGAUGGGGAAAUCACGGGAAGUGACGAGUUAAAAGGCUAGCCAUAUUGUAAUUGGAUAUAAAUUUUAGAUAUGAAUCAUGAUCUUGUAUUUGGAGAUUUUAUUGGAGAUUUAUGAUCGGAGAAAUCUUAUAAUUUGAUCUUCAGA